UCUUAUUAAAGGCAAUCCGAUAAAUUCACCUUGGCAGAACUUCGCGUCAACGGAGCCGUUUCUUUUAUUGUGUUCGUUGCAAUUGACCACCGUUCUCUUUACACAAUCCAACAAAAUUUCGCGCAUUUCACGUCUUGCUCUCAGAUUGCUUUCCCCCUUUUAAGUUUAUAUCUAAGAUGUAUUCUAUCACUGACCCGUAAUUUGGUCAUGACGGGUGAAAAGAUCAAUGGCACUGUUCCCGAUACUCGGUCGGAGGAGUUAUGAGGUAGUCGUCGCCGCCACCAAAACCAUGGGUAUCGGAAAAGAUGGAAAACUGCCAUGGCGAUUACCUUCCGACCUCAAAUUCUUCAAGAAUCUCACCAUGACUACAUCAGAUCCAGCCAAAAAGAAUGCUGUGAUAAUGGGAAGAAAAACAUGGGAGAGCAUACCUUUACAGCAUAGACCCCUUCCUGGUCGACUCAAUGUUAUCCUCACUCGUUCUGAAAGCUUUCACAUUGGAAGUAUGGAAAAAAACGUCGUAAUAUCUGGAAGCAUGAUCUCUGCAUUGAAGCUAUUAGCUUCUUCUCGUUAUCGUCUUUCUAUAGAGAAUGUGUUCGUUAUAGGUGGUGGACAGAUCUUAAGGGAAUCCCUGAAUGCUCGUGAAUGUGAUGCUAUCCAUUUAACUGAAAUUGAGACAGAUAUUGAUUGUGAUACAUUCAUCCCUGCUAUUGAUGUUACACAAUUCCAGCCAUGGUGUUCAUCUCUUCCUAUAGUGGAAAAUGGAAUCCGUUACUGUUUCACCACCUAUGUUCGUGUGAGGGAUUCUACAGCAAUCAGUAAAGGCUAAUGGCUCAGAUGUAAAUACGUUUUCUUUCUUCCCAGAAAGAUAGUCAAGAAACAUUAGGAUUGAGGAGUCUGUUUAUUUGAGAUUAGUUGGUACACGUGGAAUUUUGGUUAAUUUUAAUUAUUUUAAAACUUAAAAUUGUUUUUUAUAAUUUUGAUAAAUUUCAUCAUGUGGGUAAUAAUGACAGAUCGUGUUCUUGGUGAUUUUA